AUGGCUUGUCUUCUUCUAUUGGAAAAGGGAGUCAACAUAGAAAUAAUCUGCAAGUCUGUACCAGACAAUGUUCCAUGUCACCUCAAGAAGACCAAAGAGCUUGCUGAAGGAGUCAAAGAAACCUUUUCGCAACUUUUGUCUAAAUUUGCAGCCUGCCACAAUCUUUACAGUGUCUCAAGGAAACUAGAAGAGCAUGAAAUUGACCAACUAGAGUACGACAUCAGAGACUUUCUGAAACAUUACAGGGAAGACUUGACAAAUCCGCCAGUCACGCCUAAGAUACACAUGUUGGAAGAACACGUUGUCCCUUGGAUAAGACGAUGGAAGCUGGGUCUAGGAUUUCAUGGCGAACAGGGAGCAGAGUCCAUUCAUGCCCGUUUCAACGCCCUGCAGAGAACAUAACACUUCGGUCAUGCCACAGAUUACACAGCUUCGGCCAAUAGUUAGAAAGAGAAAGGCAGAAACUACAAUUGACAUCUUUGAUAGUGGUAGAGUACUGUAGAAUGCGCUGUGAGUAAGAAUAAAAGCA